GCGCAAAGAUGGGUGCUACUCGUACGGCCCUUUUGUCUACAGCCUUGUGUUUUACCUUGGUUUUGUCGGCUUGCCCUGAUCAAGACUCGAAUCUGAAACCAUGGUCAGAAGCAAGUUCCUGGCCAAGCCAACAAGUGCCCGCCGAGAACGCAGAAGUUGUGAUAAACUUCCCUGUCCUGUUUGACACUACUCCCCCGGAGCUGUUCUCUAUUGAGAUACAGGACGGAGGAAAGCUUGUGUGGAGUAGCGGAGGAGACUACAGUCUGAGACUAAAGCACAUACUGAUCCAGAGCGGAGGGGAGAUGCACAUAGGCAGUGAAGACUGUCAGUUCUCAAGGAAAGCCAAGAUCACGCUUCUGGGCGAACCCGGAGAAAGGAAUAUCCAUCACCUGGGUGAGAAAUUUAUCGGCGUGAAAGCAGGAGGGACCUUGGAGCUUCAUGGCAAGGACAAGAGAUCGUGGACCAAACUAACCAAGACGGCGCCAAAAUACGACCCCACCCUCGCCGAGAUCUACAAACACAAAGACAACUCCCCCACCAAAACGGCCGGCGUUUAUUUGUAUCACUUCAAAGUGACGGUGCCGGAAAACUUCGACUUUGUUAAUGACCAGGGAGUGUUCGUGGGUGGAAAUAUCCACAGAAAGAUCAGCUACUUCGCCCAAGACAAAGUAGACACCUCAAUAACGGAUCUCACGGACUUCAUAAACGGUAUCCCUGACGGAGAAAUUUUCGCUAUUGCCACGCAGAAAAACUUUCUGAACACAGCAGAUGUUAGUGCUCUUUACACCGCCAUUGAUGCUCUCGGUGCCACUUCAUUUAAAACAGCGACCGCUGAUGAUGCUUACGUCGCCAUUGGCCUGAAGGGUAAUACCGAGUCAGUUCAAGAAAAGCUCGGGGGCGAUUCGUCCGGCGGUUCUGAUUAUAACGAGGCUAGUGUUGUUUAUGUUGUGCCUAACAUUGAAAGAGAAAUCAAGGUGACGUCAUCAAACCAUCAAGUGGAGGAAUUCCUUAGUUUCACGGAAUUUGACGUCAUCAACACGUAUCUUACACGACCAAUAAUCCAAGUGUAUGAUGACAUCACUAAUGACUGGAACGUAGGUGAUGAAAUCUUUAUAACAUCAACUGACUACCGCUGGGAUCAGGUGGAGGACUUCACUAUAAUCGAAUGUUCAGAUUGUCCGCCCAAGUUUAUCAGACUGGACCACUCCCUUAAGUAUACCCACUACGGCGAGGUGUACAAGAGAGUGGACAUGAGGGCGGAAGUGGGACUUAAAACUCGGUACAUUCAUAUAACGUCAGAGGUCUCCGAAGGAAACAGCAAUGGAGGACACGUUAAAUUUUUAAAAGGGUUCAAACGUGUAGCUGUCGAGGGGACAGAGUUGACAAACCUUGGUGACCCCCUGAACUUAGGCCGCUACCCUCUCCAUUACCACAUGUGUUUCGAUCUGGCCAACACCACGCUGUAUCCAAACCCGUCCUACCUCAGGAAGAACUCGAUCCACCACACCCAGUUCCGGUGUAUCACCAUUCACGGCACCCAGUCCGCUGUUCUAACAGACAACGUAUGUUACAACAGUGUUGGACAUGGAUUUUUCUUGGAGGAUGGAGGUGAAAAAAAUGUGACCUUUCACGGGAAUCUUGGUUUGGGUCAAAGACGCUUUGUGGGGACUACCGUUCUGGGUACCACCGGAGCUAUCCCAGCAGAUAAAGACGAGGGACCGGCCACGUACUGGAUCACAAAUCCCCUGACCACAAUGGUCAACAAUGUGGCAGCCGGUGGCGAGGGAAUGGGCUUUUGGUACAUCUAUCCAGAAAAACCAACCGGACCAUCAGCAGAUAAAAACUUCAUGCAACCUGGUGAAGCGCAGCACACCCCAAUCACUAAGUUCAAGAACAACUCAUGCCAUUCCUAUGAGAUUUGCAUUUUCGUUGAUAACGUUCUGGAAGAGAACUUGGAGUUCGGAGGAUACAACCACUACAACCCUAAAGUUAACCCCUUGGACCCGAACUCUGCCCCCUCCCCUGCGGUCUUUGAGGAUCUGACGGCCUACAAAUGUACCGAACAAAAUCUGUGGAUCCGUGCCUCACCUGCUAUAGUUAGAAGAGCGUCUCUCUCAGACAGCAGAUUCGGGGCAUUCCUAGUCAGGGAAGAAGCGCAUUGGCAACAAUUUGAGGACAGUGUCAUUAUUGGUCUUUCCGACAACGUGGGGGAAAACCUUGCUUUCAGGAACAGUGAUAUAACUGGGUACCGCUUUGCUAAAGGGCCAAUCGAUUUAAGGAAUACAUGGUUUGGUGGUUUCAAUUCAACCUCGGAAAGAACAGCAACAGCUAUUGGCAAUGACGUGUGUAUGAAUCAUUGUCACCCACGCAACUCACUAUUUGACAUCAUGUUCAACUUUGAUGACGGCCCAGGCAAAAGAUUUUUCUUUUGGAACUGUACUACAAGAUCAGCUGAUAAAGACUCCAUAUUUGCAUUAAGAGACAUGAGGCAAGCUGUCUCCGCUGGUGACGUCACGAUCGUUACUAACAAACCGUUCUUGCUGACAGACAAGUGCAAAGUCAGGUCCUCAUGGAAUGCUGCAUACUGUCCCUAUACAUAUGGAGAAGUAUUUGUUUCUUACACCGACCGGCUGACCAUUGACAUGUCCGUGUACAGGACCGACGGGGUGUACCCCAACCUACCCUCCAUAAAGAUGGACGAGGAGAAGCACUUCCUGUCCAUUCUGGGCGGCUCUCACAGCUAUCUGGUCAGAAUUCACGGCUCCGUCCCCUCCGUUACAAACUUCGACGCUGAAGCUAUAUCCAAGAGCCAGUUCGUGUUGGUUGCUUUCUGUGUUCCAAGAAACGCCGAGAUAAUCUUUGAGUACCGGAUGGAAAAUCUACUGAAACGUGAGGUGCGGGCAGUCACAUCUCGACAGGCAGUGGUUGAUGAUCAGAAACUCGGCACUUACUUCUAUGACAGUACCAACGGCGUUGUAUUUUUCAAGCUGACACACGACGUAGACUACAAAUCUGGAGAGCAAAAUCAUUGUCCCAACAACGUUUGUCCACGAGCUAGGGUCAGAGUGAUGUCAGGGGAUCUGACGGACUCGAACUGUGUUAACCGGUUUACCGCCGUGGAGGAAUACAUGCAAACCUCCUCCGGAACCUCGGGCAGUGAUAUUUCGGUUUUACCGGCCACUUACACAAACCCGCCGGAGAAUGUAGGACAUGGUCCAAAUUAUCCGUUUUAAUGCUCGCAGAACAAGGAACGAAGUGCCGAGCUAUGAAGUGUAAACUAUUAUAACUAUAUUUUCUUCUUACACUAGUAAACGAAUAUCCAAUGUAUAUAUAUACACAGCCGUUUAUGCAUCUCAUAUUAUGUUGCUUUACUGUUAUUUAGACAAUGUUACCAUAACUAUAACAUGUAAAUGUAUCUACAUUUAUUUUGUGACUUAAUAAAUUUGUUUAUCAUCAAA